AUGCCUAAUUGGAUUGGGAAUUUGAAACAUCUAAGGUAUAUAGACUUGUCAUAUGGUGGAGUUGAAAAGUUACCUGAAACGAUAUGUACUUUGCAUAAUUUACAAACGUUGCUCUUGUCCAACUGUUAUGCACUUGCUCAGUUUCCGAUCAACUUGGCGAGGCUCAUCAACUUGCAUCAUCUUGAUGUUAGAAGCACUAAGGUAAAAGAGAUGCCACCACAUAUGGAUAUGUUGAAGGAUCUCCACACAUUAAGUGACUUUGUCGUAGGCAAACAAACUGCAUCUGACAUUAAAGAGUUGAAAGAGCUUCAGAUAGCAGGUACACUUUCUAUUUCAGGGCUUCAUAAUAUUGUGAAUUCUGUGGAUGCUUUUGAAGCCAAUAUGAGAGAUAAGCACCUUAACGAACUAGCUUUGACAUGGGGAUCUGAUACCGAUGAUUUACAGAAAGAUAUAGAGGUGCUGAGUUUUGUGAUAAAGAGUAGCUGUGAUUCAACCAAGUCCAUUCCGCUGGACUACUUCCCAAGGGUUAAAGAGCUCAAGUUAUAUGACUGUUUGAAUCUGGAAUCCCUUACUUAUUCACAUGUUUCUGAUAGCCCGACAUUCUUGUUCCUCGGUAUCUUGAAAAUACAUAAGUGCCCAAAUUUUGUAUCUUUUCCCAAAGGAGGACUGUACGCCCCCAACUUGAUAGAGCUUAUUAUAUAUGAAUGCAACAAACUGAGGUCAUUGCCAGAACAUAUGUGCACCAGGCUCUCAUCUCUUCGGGCUGUAACCCUAAACUAUUAUCCUGAACUUGAGUCAUUUCCUGAAGGGGGACUACCUCCAAAUUUGGAUAUGCUGCGUAUCUUUGGAUGCAAGAAACUCAUUGCCAACCGCAUGCACUGGGGUCUGGAUAGGCUCAUCUCUCUCAUAUGCUUUGGUAUCAGCUUUGAAGAAUGUGAAGACGUUGUACCAUUUCCGGAGGACAGCCUUCUGCCCACAGUUCUGACUACUCUCUACAUCAACAAUAGUCCAAAUCUUGAGAUCCUGGACUCUUAA